AUGGUGAAAAGUGCGCUGAGUUCACCUCCACAUGCUACUUCUAGCGGAAAUGUCUCAACUGAUUCAUCCUCUAGAAGCUCGACAACAAUUAAAUUACGAUUGUUUGUUAGUUUGCUUGUGCUAAUAACAAUGGGUUCAUUUUGUCAAUUAUGUCAAAUCAUGUGCACAAGAAAUGGUACUUCCAAAAUUGCUAGUCUUCUUAUUUUAUUUAUUGCAUUUUUCGGAUAUGUUUGGAUGAGUAUACAUUCAUGUGCUUUAACCAGAGCUCGUAAAGCUUUCUUCGAUGAAUCAAAUGUACUGGAAACAUAUCAACCACGAGCAAGAACAAUGGGACAUUUAUUUUGUCCUGAGCCACCAACGCCUGCGCCAACUGUGAAAUUUCCGGAAAAUGUUGAUGAAAAUAAAAAGAAGCGUUCGAGUGAAGAAAAUGCUGCAUUUAAUGCUAUGCGAGACUCGCAUUAUGCAAAUAUGUUUGAGUAUGCUAUGAAAAUGCAAAAAGAAAUGCAAGCAAUAGAAAAAGCUAAUGAUCAACCUGAAUCAUUAGUUAGCUCAUCAUCAAUAACCGAAACAUCAACAACAGAACCAUCUCAAUUUCAAACAACUGCCAGUAACGAACAACAAUCAGUAAACAUUGAUUCACGAAAACAAAAUUCAUCCAAUAAAUCAUCAUCAGAAAAAAAUAAAGAUAUGCUUAUUUGA